GUCAACCCCUUUAUGACGUCACCCCGUACUUUCUUGCACCUUGCCCAGAAGGGAGGAAGCCUAGAUCCGCCUCGCCGGGAUUACGCACCUUUGACCUCCAGCACUGUCAACAGGAGCCUAAGCUGCUCAUGGAGAUGCCAGAGCGUCCAAAUCCACCAGCAGCAGCAGCAACCGGUUAGUCACAUGACCAGCGUGCAGAUCUGCCUGUCUCUCUCUCUCUCUCUCUCUCUCUCUCUCUCUCUCUCUCUCUGUGUGUGUGUGUCUGUGUGUGCAGCUUUUUAUUUCCGCGUUCAUCGAGGGAGAAGAGCUGAGCUGAAUGAGUUUUUACGGCCGCCCUGUGUCUGCACAUUUGACGCCGAGGAACUGCGUCGCCGUGCAGGGGAGAACUCACGCAAUCGCAUCGCUGCAGCAGGACCAUGCUCACGCGGAUGAAAUCGGCGGUAGCCAAUUUUAUGGGAGGUAUGAUAGCUGGUGGAUCCAACGGUGACCAUCCCGGUGGUUCGGAUCUACCCCUCAGGUUCCCGUACAGCAGACCGGAGUUCCUGGGACUGUCUCCGGACGAGAUCGAGUGCUCGGCGGAUCACAUCGCGAGACCGAUCCUCAUCCUGAAGGAGACCAAGCGGCUGCCUUGGUCCACCGGCUACGCAGAGGUGAUCAAUGCCGGAAAAAGCACAUUAAACGAGGACCAGGCCUGCUGUGAGGUGCUGGUGGUCAAAAGGAGACCUUCAGGAAACUCCACACCCAGCCGGACCCCCACGGACCGCAGGAGGUCUUCUCUGCCUAAUGGAGACGGUUUGGCCAUCAAAGACUACCAGGACAGCGCUGAAGACCUCACCUUCCACUACUGGGCGUUGUUUGAUGGCCACGCAGGCUCCGGUGCAGCGGUCGUGGCUUCCCGCCUUCUUCACCACCACAUCGCCCUGCACCUUCAGGAGGUGUUGGAGAUCCUCUGCAGCCCAACCCUGCAGGCCCCCACGUGCCUCGGGGAGGAGCCUAUCAAUCACCUCCUCACCCCGACGUCCCAACGGGCCCUCACCAGGGCUGCCUCCCUGCGCGGUGCUGCAGGGGCUCCAGGAUCGCCCAACCCCACGCCCACACGCUUCUUCACGGAGAAGAAGGUUUCACACGAGAGCCUGGUGAUCGGCGCCAUCGAGAAUGCUUUCAAAGACAUGGAUGUGCAGAUCGAAAAGGAGAAGGCCGUUUACAACAUCUCAGGUGGCUGCACAGCACUUGUAGUCGUCUAUAUGCAAGGGAAGGUCUUUGUUGGGAACGCCGGGGACAGCAGAGCUAUCAUUAUCCGAGCCGGGGAGGUCAUCCCCAUGUCAGCGGAGUUUACACCGGAGUCAGAGAGACAGCGACUGCAGUUCCUGGCCUACAUGCAGCCCCACUUAUUAGGGAACGAGUUCACACAUCUGGAAUUCCCGAGGAGAGUCCAGAGAAAGGAGGUGGGGAAGAGAAUGCUGUACCGUGACUUCACCAUGUCUGGAUGGGCGUAUAAAACCAUUGAUGACGAUGACCUGAAGUUUCCCCUGAUCUACGGCGAAGGCAAGAAGGCUCGUGUUUUGGCGACCAUCGGGGUCACCAGAGGUCUCGGGGACCACAACCUCAAAGUGCACGACUCCAACAUCUACAUUAAGCCCUUCCUGUCCUGCUGCCCAGAGGUCAAAGUUUACCCGUUGACUCAGUGUGAGCACGGAGCUGAUGACGUUCUGGUGCUGGGAACUGACGGUCUGUGGGAUGUCCUCUCCAACCAGGAAGUAAACGAAGCGGUCACCUGUUUCCUGGCAAACUGCGACCCCGACGACCAGCACAGGUACACAAUGGCAGCUCAAGACCUCGUAAUGAGAGCACGAGGAGUGCUGAAGGAUCGAGGCUGGAGAAUAUCCAAUGACAGAUUAGGCUCUGGAGACGACAUCUCCGUCUACAUCAUCCCCCUCAUGUACGGCAACAAGCAGAUCUAGCUUCAAGAACUACAAACGAAAACCCUCCAACUUAUGUGCUGAAUAUUUCCUCAUCCCUUGUUCCCUUUUAUGAAGUGCUUUAGUGUGGUCUUCCCUCUUCUGCUGGGAAAUCCAAGACAUUUCUGGUCAGGGAUGGAAUCUCUGUCCAGGCUCUUUUCCCCCGUUAAUCAUCUUGAAGCAGGAUGAUUUCUCUUUUGUCUUCUUCCUUUUUUUUUUUUAUAAAAAAGAAACUAAAUUGUGAAAAGAAGCCAUCUUGAAUCUAGUUGUGGAGCAAUGCCUGAGGUUGAGAGCAUGGACUCUUAUUUAUAAGGUCGUGGCGUGCACCUCAGGAUUGCUGUUAUUGCACAAUAUUUAUAACUGUAAAGAAUGUAAAUACUGAGGCGUACGAUGUUUGAUAAGUGUGUGUGGUUGAACACUUGUACAGUGUAAAAAAAAAAACGUACCUUAAGACUGCUGUCCUGCGGUAUAAAUCAAACAUCCUCUGUGUAGAGCUUUCAAAUUAGCCAGGUUCAGACGUGCAUUCGUUAGUCUGUCAUGACUGAGCGAGUUCUCCUUCUAUAUGUCCCUUGCAUUACAUUUAAUUAUUGCUGCUCCUUUUAAACUAAGGUGACACAUUCAUGAAGAAAACACUACCAGGAAAAACAAUUGAUGAAGAUAGAAGCGUGCUGCUUUGUGCAUCAUUCAUCGUAUUUACUCCAGGCCAUUUUCCUCCGACGUCAUGCUCAGUGUCAGAGGCUCAAAUGCUGUUCUGAAAUGAUCAUGUACUGGAUCCAUCCCAGGUCUCCAGCUGUAUAAAUCCAACAGUAUGUCAUUAGUACACCAACUUCUGACUGAAAAGACACUGCAGAGUUUUCAGAAGAAAAUGAGGCCAUAUUUCAAGUUUUAACGGUAUUUAAGUACACACGCCAAGUCCACAGGAUGCGCAUGUUGGGAGCGUAGCGCGAGCUCAGAGCAGGCAGGAUCAGCUGGGUCCAGCAUAGAGAGAACCACAUACAGACAACAGGUUACAAAGCCUUUCUGUGGUUUAAUGUCUGCUCAUUUGGACAGUAUUCCAUUACUUCUGUGCUUUAAUCAUCACUGAGUAUGCUGCAUAACUAUAAAGUUUCAUUUUUGCAGGUUUAGAUGAGUUUAAUAAUAAUAAUUUGGCUCUAUUUUGUUGUUCUGUCACCUUCUGACACAGUUAUCAUCUUAAAGUCCUGUUGUAGUCGACAUGGAUCACAGAUAUGUGGCUGUUUGUAGCUUACAUCCAUAAUCAAUGAGUAUUUCUGAUCUAAACAAUCUUUAAACAGUCGGGAGUCCGUAUAUGAUGUUUUACUUUGAAAUUGGCGGAUGUUGCAUGCGAUCCUCGUGCCUGACUUCCUGUCCAGGUUGUUCUUUUCUGUGCAUAUUGACGCGUGCAUGCCGCGGGCUCCGUCAAAAAUAGACUUGAAGCGUAUCUCUGGUGGAGUGGCACGGGCGGGGGCACGGAGCUGAGACGCACUGCAGCGCCCUGUGGACCCUGGAGCAUUGACAAGAAUGGGAACGUAAUGGCUGCACAGUGCGCGGUGCAUCCUGUGGACCCUAGGCUUUACACUAGUAGCCAUCUACUUUAUAGGAAUGUACAGGUUAAGUCAACUAAACGAUUGAAUGUUGGCACCAGAAUGACUCUCCAGUUAAACGUAUUAUCAAUAUUUUUAUUAUGCUAGGCCCAAAAUCCCAGUUAUAUAUUGCUUUGAUACUCAACCACCCCAACAUUAACAAGCAUCUGGUAGUGGCAUGUAGUUUUUAGGCUGUGUUUGGUUAAACUGGCACUUAACCACUAAACUAGAGCGAUGUGUAAACGGCACACACAUAUGGAUGCUAACCUGCAAGGAGGAGCAAAGGCUAGUGGUGCUAGCACUGCUAACGUUAGCUUGACACAGCAAAACCAUUCAAUAUUGUUUUCCCAAAGUAUUUCUAAAAUUCUGUAGCCACAAUUGUUUGAGUUUUUUAAAUGAUCAAUCAAUCUUUAUUUGUAUAGCGCCAAAUCACAACAAAUGUUAUCUCAGGACGCUUUUACAAACAUAGGAGGUCUAGACCACUCUAUGUCAAAUUAUGAACAGAGACCCAACUUCAAGACAGGAUAAGACUCAGUCUGACCCCACCUUAAUCCAUCAUGAGCAUUGCACAUCGCAGUAUUUAGCUAGUUACAGUGGCGUGGAAAAACUUCCUUUUAACAGGCAGAAACCUCAGGCAGAACCAGACUCAUGUUAGACAGCCAUCUGUCUCAACCGAGUUGGGUCUGGAAAGACAGAGGGGAGUAAGAGAGAGAGGUGAUCGUGAAGAGACGAAUAGUAGAAGCUGUUGACGCUGAAGUCCAGUACGUCCGUAUCAGCUGGAGUCCAGAAAUGAUGAAUUCACUCUUAUUAUAUCUUAACUUCUAAAAAAUGUCUGGCUAACAGAAUGUAAGCUAUGAAGCCAUUUAAUGCUAAUUUUAGCUUUUGUCCCAUGACAGCUAAUGUGCUAUCAAGUAUGUUGUUUUAAAAUAUCGCCGUAUUUCCCUCUGAUUCCUCAGUCUGUGGUCUUUUCAGUGGUCAGGAGAGUGAAGUUUUUCAGCGUGACCUUAGAAGAAAAUGGCCGUAUUCAGUCUUACUUUAAAAAAAGGAAAAAGCACCUUGUUGUCUUUCUGUCGAAAUCAUUUAACAUCUACCUCAUAAUUUUCUUCCUUUUAUCAUACUACCCGGUCCAGAUGCUGUCAUUACCCGCGCUGAGCAGUUGUUUGCAUGCUACAUCAGAUGUCGUCAGCUCCAACCUGUGCCAUUACUGUUGUGAAUUUACUCCUGUACCUGCAACAUUAAUACGAAUGUUUUCAGAGAAGCACUGAAGCAAAAAAAGGCCUACAAAUUAACAAUGUGACGGUCUGCUGUUUUACUAAAUAUAUAUUUUUUAUGUAUUUUAUGUUCCACACCCCAUUGCCAUGCCCUGUUUUUUUUUUUUUUUUACAUUUAUAUGAAUCGGUUGGAUGUAUUCCCCCCUCUGGAGAUCACUUAUCCCUAUGAUUAGCUGGUGCCUCUACGAAGUCUCAUUGUUUUUAACAUGUCACACAAAGAGAAGGAUAAAAAGGAUUGCAUACACACUUCACUUACUGUACUUUCUCUUUGCUCCCAGUCUUGUACAUCUAGUUGCUUAGGAUUGUUAGCCUCUGAUAAAUGUGCUGAAUAUGUUCUCUUAACUGCUGUAGGAGCGGCUGAAGGUGGUGAAAAUGGAACAGAGUAAUAUAAUUCCAAUGUAAAAAAUGUAGAUAACGUUUCAGUGGACACUUCUCUCCUUUCUUCGCUGUAGGCAAUGUAAAUCUUUCUGAAGUAAAAGAUGUCAUUUGUACCGUAAUGGUAACCUAGUGUGUAUAAAAAAUGGUUUACAUGCUCUCUUUUCUGCUCCAUUAAAAACAAACUGAAAAGUUCUGACCUUUUUAAA